ACUGGCAGCCGUGCCGAACCGCUGUCAUAACGCCCAGCAGAGGCCAGACUGAAUUGUGCUUGCUGUGCUGGAAACUCAUUGGGGAACUUAGAUGAAAUCACCACAGACUUUCACCUGCCUUUUUCAGAGUUCCAAGGAUUUUGCUUCUUUGAAUGCGAUGACUCAGCAGAUACAGGAUGAAUUUUACAGUAGCGUGGAGAACGCAGAAGCUUGGAUGAAGACCAUCCAAGAGAGACUGAGGAUCAAUGACAGUACCAAGGGACCUAUAUCUGCCCUAGAAGCCAGACUGAGAGAGACUGAGAAAAUAUGUGUGCUUGAACCAGAAGGCAACUCGAAAAUGGACUUGAUUCUUUCGAAGGCAGGUGCUGCUCUUUGCAGCAUCAGUGAGGAUAAGAAGCAUGAGGUACUAUCUAAAUUGAAAGACAUUAAAGCCUUGUGGGAAGAGACAACCAUAUAUGUUACUCACUGUCACAGCCGUAUUGAGUGGGUCUGGCUGCUCUGGAGUGAGUACCUGAAGGCCCAAGAUGAGUUUUACACAUGGAUUUACAACAUGAGGAUGACCUUGGAGCCUGACAUUGAGUUGCAGCUUGGCUUAAAGGAGAAGCAGUGUCAGCUGAGCCAUGCUCAGGCUCUGCUGAAUGAUGUCCUGAAUCAGUCAGUCAUGCUGGAAAGGCUGCUAGAGGAAGCUGAUUGCUUGUUCAGCAGGACAGGUGACCCCAGUGUUGAUGAGAAUGUUCAGAAGAAAAUGAGAGUGGAAUAUGAAGGAAUUAGACAAGAAGCUCAGAGCAGAGUGGAGCUACUUGAAAAGAUAACCAAAGAACAUGAGCAGUACAGCGCUAACGUCGAUCAGUUUCAAUCGUGGCUGAAUGGUGUGACAGAAAGAUUAAACUGCUGCAUAGGAGAAGGAACCAAGUCUUCUGCAAAGGACAAGUUAAAGAAACUGGAGAAAAUUGCUGAGAACAUUGGGGAUGGUGGAAAACAAUGGAAGCACCUUGAAAACCAGUGUGCAGAGGUGAUUCAGAAUACCUCCCCACUCGGAGCUGAGAGGAUGAGGGAUGAACUUGAAGAACUAAGAAAAGCCUUGGUAAAGUUGAAACUGCUGAAUAGUGAGGAGAAGGCGAAAUUGCUCAAGAACCAAGAGUCAGAAAGUGCCUACAACUCGCAAGCCAGACAAUUAGAAUCCAUUGUCCGGGAGCUGAGAAAAGAUCUACAGAGACUAGAAAAUUACCUGGACCCUGGGGAAGGUGAAAAGACUGAAGAUGAGUUUGUAAAUCUGUGGAGAAUGUGCAAUGCAAAGAGAGCAGCUCUGGCUGCAGAAGAGUCCAAGGUUGAGAGGCUGAAGGCUCUGGUACAGAUUUGCCAAGAUAUGCAGCCACACGUUGAGAGUGUUGUCUCUGCAAUGCAGCAGUAUCAAAGUAUUACACGCAAGAUGUCUAAAAUGAGCACUCAUACAGAAACCCAACUGAGAAGACUCUUCCAAAAUCCUCUGCAAUAUUUCGAACAGUGGAAGCCGUCAGUCCAGAUGCUUCUGGAGACUCCAGAGCCAGCGCUGGCUCACAUUGAGGCUGCUCUAGCUGAAAGCUCCCAGUUCAAGGAGAAGUUGGUGACAUUAGAACUGAAGAAAGAUUUGCUAAACAAUAUCCUUGGGGAUGAAGAAGCAAAGUCUUUCCUGCAACAAGUAGCUGAAGCUUCAAAGGAGAGAGAAAUUCUACACAAAAGUCUUUUGCAAAGCAAGAGCAAGCUCGAGAAUUUGACAUCACAACCUAAGGACUUUAACGCUCAUUUCACACCUUUGCAGAAGAAAUUAUCUGCCAUCAAAGCCAAAUUAGAUCUAGAGAAGGAACCACAGCCUGACCUCUUGGGUAAAAAGACACAACUCCAGAGAUUCCAGAUGAUCCAAGAUGAAUUGGCAGAGCUUACGAUUCAAAUGGAGGAGGUAGAGAAGCUUGUUCAGUCAGAUACCACACACAGGCAUGAAAUGAACCAACUUUCAUCUGACUGUCAUGCCCUGAUGAGGUCACUGGAGAUGAUGAUAGAGCAAAGUAAAAAGCACAUUCAGAAGCAUUUGGCAUAUAAUGACAGACUCUCUGACCUCCAGCAGUGGAUCACAUUAGCCACAAAACAGAUUGACUCCAAUCAAGGUACUGAUGGAGAGCAGAACAUCGAGUGGAAAGCGGCAGACCUUGAGAGAUGGCUAGCUGAGUUUCCAGAUAAGGAGAUCCAGCUCCUGACUGUGGAAGCUUAUGGGCAGCUGGUCAUGAAGAAUUCUUCCCCAGAAGAGAUUGCCCAUGUUCAGGCAGAGCUGGAUCAGUUGAAGGAGUCAUGGAGAUCACUGAAGGAGAUGGCAACUAGUUGUCACAAAAAGUGGCAGUUAAGCAGACUGCUGCCUGAUGAGAAGAAAAUAACAUUUGUGGGCAGAAGAUGGAUGUCUGGACCUGCCUUUCGUCAUUUAGAUGUAGAUCCCAGCUUUAAACAGGAGAGGACGGGAGAGGAGCAAAAUACGAGCAACCAUUCGAAGCUCCUACAGAACUUUGAAGAGUGGUUACGAGGAGAAAAUACCAAACUGACCAAAAUUCUUGGUGCGACUGCAUCUUCCACAGAGGAAAUCAAGGCACGUCAGAGCGAACUAGAGGAACUGCAGUCUCAUGUGCCUGAUGGUCAGCGUCUUUUUGUGCAUCUUCUUCAUCUUUAUCCUGUAACUGGAAACUCUGAAGAUAUGGAGGAGCUGCGUUACCAAUGGGUGCUCUACAAAUCUAAAUUGAAAGAGUCCAUGAGUUCACCGAGUCCUGGAUCUUCAGCAGAACCAGACAGAUUCAGAAAGAAGCACUCUGGAGGCGUGUGCUCAUUCCUACAUCGAGUCUGCUGGGUAGCACUACCAUUGCAACUACUCCUCUUGUUCCUUCUGCUUCUGGCCUUCCUCCUGCCCCUCACAGAUGGGACCCACAGCUGCCACCUGGCCAACAACUUUGCUCGGUCUUUUAAGCUGAUGCUGAGAUACAAGGGCCAGCCUCCAAUCUAACCUCUUGGAGUGGCACAAGGUGACUCUAAGAAAUAAAGGGUCUUUGGUUUUUAAAAACUGCAAGCAUUGUAGUUUAUAGGGCAUCUAACAAGGCCAUCAUAUCAACUGGAUAGGUUACAUAAAUGCAGCGUAAGAUUAGUUCACUUUAAUCAAGUAUUUGAGCAAAAUUAAUAUUUUUACAAUAUUUUGUUAUUAUAUUUAUAAUGUAUAUAUAGAGAUUGUGUAUGUAUGUACAUGUACAUAUAUAUGUAUAUAUAUAUGAAAAAUGCCUGUUGUGGUCAAACUAACAUCCAUUCAUCUGCUGUUUAAGGAUAAUCCUCCAAUAUUUCUGUUUCUACCAUCUUUCAGCAAGAAAUACUGAAUGCUGGUUUUGUUGUAGGUUUUGGGGGGUAAUUUUUAAAAUCAGAUAAUCUUGUCAUUUAUGACUGGAGUCAGAGCAAGUAUGAGAGGAUGUGGGCGUGCACCAAAGUGCAGGUAGAGAAGAAUAACAUUUGAAUACAGUGGUUGGCAUUCAGCUCAAAGAAAAUUUGGAUGAUUCUAUUUGAACUCUUGAGCUGUUUUGUUUGGUUUUUUUCCAGUAUCUGGAUGCAGAGAUUGCAGAAGGUAAUAGAAAUAUUUCCACUGACUUCAAUAAGAGUGGAAGUGGGCCUCUACUUGUUCUCACUUAUCAGAUUUCUUUUCCAAUUACUGUAUUCUCAAGCCCACCUGAAUCAGGAGAGAAUACAGUAGGAAGAAAGCUGGGAGAAGAGAAAUUUUUUAUAAUAUCUCAAUAGCAGGAGACUUUUAAAAUAAGGUCAUAAUUUUAUGAACAAACUUAUGAGUGCUGAACAAAUCUUUGUGUCAGUGGACUUAUCUUUAAAAAAGCAGUGGGGUUUUUGGGGGGGUUGAUUUGUUUUUUCACUUUAUAAAGAGGCAUUUGGCAAUGGAUCAUAAAGCCUGAGCAGUGGGAUGCAGCCUGGCUCAGUGUUGGUGAAGCAGAAUUUGGAAGUACUUUGAUAAUACCACCUUGGAAAUAAGAUUCCUUCCUAGGAUGUUUCUAUAUUAAUGGUUUGUUAAACUGAUGUAAACUAAUUGUAUCAGAGACAGUCAAGCCUAGAUUUCUAUGUAGUUUAAACUGAUGACUUCUCAUUUAUUUACCUAACCUUAUGCCUGAUUUAUCAAAUUUUUGAAUGUAUGUUUUAACAUUGCCUUUUAAUUUAAGAACAAUUCUCACUUUACUGUGAUGAAACCAUUCUUAGUGGUGUUUUACCUAAUUGACUCCUGAGAUAAAAGCUAAUUUCUAAAAUUUAGUGACAUUUCUGAAAGCUAUCUCUUAUUGUUCCAUGUUUUUAGCCACAGUAGUAAAGAUAAAAAAAAAAAAGUCUAACCCAAGAAAUAAUUAAUUUUCCAUCCUGGCUUUUUUGUGGGAGGAACUUAUCUUCUGAAUACCAGUAUGGUGUAUUCAGUAUUGUUUUCCAAAUAAGUUCCAAAAUAAUAUUAAAUCUGCUGUACAAAUAAAUUAUUUAGCAUCUGAGAAACUGACAAAGGAAGUCAUACUUCUUUAACAAAACCAUGAAAGUUUUGCUAAAGAAGCAAACUUGGGUAAAAUAGGGAGGCAUAGCAGCAAGGAGAUCAUUAUAGGCACAGAAUGAGGGAGAAUGGGCAGAUAUGAAAGAUGACUAGCUAAAGAUAGAAAAGUGCCAACAGUUUAUAAAGCUUAAGAAAAGAAGUCACAACGAACACAGAGGGCAAGAACACAGGCUCUAUAGAAGAAAAAUCUGAAUUUUUUUAGUUCACUCUCCCUACUGCAGUAUUAGUACUAUUGCGUAUUAAACAGCUUUACUUCAGCAAGCUUAAAAAUGGGGCAAGUAACAGGGUAUCUACCAAUAUUCUGAGGAGACUCUUCCACCAGAAGGACUCUGUCGCUGUGUUCCUAAUAGUGCUUCAGACUACACUGGUUUUGCUAGAGUUGGAUAAAAAUGUCAGAUUUGUGUUAAAAAUGAAAAGGAGUGUGGAAAUCGGAGUAGGAGGAGCAGGGGUGGUGAAGGUAUUGAGGUGAAGUGCAAGAGGAGAGCGAGAAGGAGCUGAACUGAUGUGGAUUAGUGGAUUAAAACCUGACUGUCGGAGGGUAGCAAAAGAGUUCUAAAGAGCAGGCAGAGGGGGGCUGAAAGCAGAACGGUAAGGAGACAGGAUGUAUGCUGUGCGAUAAGAUAUUCACAUCUAAAGAGGAAGGAAAGGAAGGCCUGUGAUUUCUUUCAUGAAGGAGCCAGAUGGAGGAGAGCUAUAAUUCGUCAGAGAAUGGGGCAAAUGAAUUCUUUCUUUGCAAUGGUUCUUUCUCGUGGCAGGGGAUGUACCUCCUUCUCUGUCCUGAUCAGCUUUCAAAGAGUCAUGCACAUUCCUGCAAUGCUCCUCUAAAAACUGCUGCCAGCCCUGAGGGAAGAACCCGGUGGCUGCACACACAUCUGCAUUUCAAAUUAGAGGCUCCAAUAGAAAAGAGGUGUGGGGAACGAGGGACAGUAACAAACCCUUCUGUAUGUGAUCGCGUGUAUGUGUACUUCUGCAUGCACCUUUCUGUGACAUAGUUACAUUGCACUUCUCUGAGUUUUGCUGAGCCAUUCAGGUGAUGAAAGUAAAAUGCCAGUGAGAAAGUAAAAAUAAUGAGGAAUAAUAUAGCCACAAGAGAAAAGCAGUAGGGAGGUAGAGAAGUUUUUUUCUAUGAAAGCACAAAAUCUCACAUCAGAUUUCUUUCUGCCCUGGUUUCUCAUCUGGAUGAUUUUUAUGGGUUCACAAAUGCAUUCGACACUGUGGGAGUAUUGAGCUAAAAAUUCUACACAGAAGACCAUAACAGAACAACUGCAUCAUCCCCUUGAUUUUUCAGUGUUGUGGCAGAUUUAAAAACCCCACUAAAUUAGAAACACACAUUUGCUGCUGGGUUUGCCUUCAAUUUAUUCUGUAAGUCCUCUGUCUGUAAUCUUGGGAUUUUUUGCUUUAAAUCUCCACAAAUCCAUUCUCAUUAACUUAAGUAAUCUAAAUAUCUCACACAAGUGAUGAAUCUUUAUACUUCUUUGCAAUGGGAAACUAUCCAAAGCACAGGGCUUUGAUGUUCAUUUCACUCAAAGGAAUUUUAGUCUCCCAUAAUGUCAUUGACCUCACCUGUCUAAUGCAGAUGUGAGAUUUUUCUAAGAAAGAAAGAUUCUUUAAACUAUCAUAGAAGUAAGCAUGAAAUGUAAAUCCAAAAUUUACUUUCUUUUGUAUUCUCUUGUUUUUCUUCUGAAAGGUUUGUGAGACUGAUCCCUGAAAGUAUGUGUAAAUAUUAAUCAAGCCAGUAGUUGGAAUAAUGAAAACAAACUGCCCAAUUCAAGCUCCAGGAAACUGAACAAAGCUCAGAUCAUGGAACAGAUCCUCCUAGAAGCUAUGCUAAGGCACAUGGAGGACAGGGACAGGGAAGUGAUUAAUGUCAGCCAGCGUGGCUUCACCGGGGGCGAAUCCUGUGUGACCAACUUAGUGGCUUUCUAUGAUGGGGUAACUGCAGCAGUGGACAUGGGUAAACUGGCGGAUGUGAUCUACCUGGACUUCUGUAAAGCCUUUGACAUGAUCCCUCACAACAUCCUUCUUUCUAAAUUGGAGAGAUAUGAAUUUGUUGGGUGGAUGGUAAGGUGGAUGAGAAACUGGUUGGAUGGUCGUAUUCAGAGAGUAGUGGUCAAUGGCUCAAAGUCCAGAUGGAGAUCCAUGACAAGUGGUGUCCCUCAGGUGUCCGUACUGGGACCGGUGCUGUUCAAUAUCUUUAUCAAUGAUAUUGACAGCGAGAGCGAGUGCACCCUCAGCAAGUUUGCAGAUGACACCAAGCUGAGUGGUGUAGUUGCCACACCGGAAGGACGGGAUGUCAUCCAGAGGGACCUGAACAGACUGGAAAAGUGGGCCUGCGAGAACCUCAUGAGGUUCAACAAGGCCAAGUGCAAGGUCCUACACUUGAGUCGGAGCAAUCUCUGUUUUCAGUACACGAUGGGGGAUGACGUGCUUGAGAGCAGCCCUGCAGAGAAGGACUUGUGGGUGCUGGUCGAUGAGAAGCUUGACAUGAGCCGGCAAUGUGCGCUUGCAGCCCAGAAGGCCAACUGUAUCCUGGGCUGCAUCAAAAGAAGCGUGGCCAGAAGGUCAAGGGAAGUGAUUCUUACUCUCUAUUUCUCUCUUGUGAGACCUCAUCUGGAAUACUGUGUCCAGUUCUGGAAUCCUCAACGUAAGAAGGAUAUGGAGCUGUUGGAAUAGGUCCAGAGAAGGGCUACAAAGAUGAUCAGAGGGCUGGAGCACCUUCCCUACAAGGACAGGCUGAAAGAGUUGAGCUUGUUCAGCCUGGAGAAGAGAAGGCUCAGAUGAGAUCUUAUAGCGACCUUCCAGUACCUGAAGGGGGCCUACAGGAAAGCUGGAGAGGGGCUGUUCAUAAAGGCUUGUGGGGAUAGGACCAGGAGGAAUGGGUAUAAACUGGAGAGGGGCAGAUUUAGACUGGACAUUAGGAAGAAUUUCUUCGCUGUGAGGGUGGUGAGGUACCGGAACGGGUUGCCCAAGGAGGUUGUGGAUGCCCCAUCCCUGGAGGUGUUCAAGGCCAGGUUGGAUGGGGCCUUGGGCAGCCUGACAUAGUGGGAAGUUCCUGCCUACGGCAGGAGAUUGGAACUAGAUGAUUUUUAAGUUCCCUUCCAACCCUCACUAUUCUAUGAUUCUAUGAUUCCUUAAAUCAGAAACUAAAUCAUACCAUUUACAAAUCAGUCCUUAAAAUCUUGAGCGCUGUUCUUCAUGCCUAAAUCUUUGCUUAUAUAUGAUUUAGGGAUUACACCCUUACUUUUGUGCCUAUAGCAUCUCCAGCUCAUACAUCUCUGACAUCCGUACAGCUUUGGAUUGGAGUUGCUGCAUUGAGACAUCUUUUGCCAAAAAACUAGGAUUCACAUAACAGAUAAGAAUCAACAACUGAGGACUUCCACUACUUUAAUCCAAAUCCAACCACUUCCAGGCAGUGCUAAAAGCCUAUAAAGCAGAUUGAAUAUGUUUGAGCUGGUAAAUUGUGCAUCUGUCUCAGACCACGUAGCCUAUACUGCAUGUACAUACCCAGCCUGUUCACAGAGCAGGGCUCUCAUACAUCUCUCCAAGCUCUUUUGCCUGCACUAUUGAAUUCAGUAUUUGAUUGACCACAUUAAAGACCCUUCACUGCUGAAGGCAAAAUCCUGCACUCCAGUGGCUGUGCAUUAAAGUAAGAAUUCUAGAUAGCCCCAAAGGCAUACUUCAAAUGAAGCCUUUGGAGUGAAAGUAACCCUAGUUUAUAAAUUGUAAUUGAUUUUGUAGCCAGAUGCUUUCAACAGAAUUUUCCAUGACUGCAAUACAAUGAGGUAGAAAGUUGCUUUUGUGCCACAUGCCUCUUAAUAGCUCUUUCUCUGAUUCCAGCUAGCAAUUUAGAUUGUAUUAAAUAUUAUUUAUAUAUGCCCUCUCCAGAUAUUUCUGCAUGAAGAACAUGUUCAGUUCUAUGCACACACAUUAAAAAUAUUUUAUUCCUCUGUUAGCGCAGAAUCGCCAAAGCAAUCAUGAUUUCUGCUUGUCCUUAAUCCUUUUCGUUGAGGUACUUGAAGAACUCGAAGGGAUGAAAUGUCUCCAAAAAAUGGCCAUCACUAGACCAGCAGAUAGUAAUCUCUGCCUGUCAAAAGAAGUAGUAUCUUCUCUUCAGUUGCUCAGGAGUUUGGUCUGUCUGAUACUUUCAGUAUUAAAUAGAAAAUGUUUUACUUUGAUGUGUCUGCAAACACAACUCAUUAGCACAAAACAGAUUUGAAGAGUGAGUUCAUACACAGGAAUUCUUGUAACUUGUGUCAACAAGACAGUACAUUUUAUUCUUUUCUCCAGAAGAAAUAAAACCGCUGUGUGGCAGAGAUUCCUAGAGCAAACAAAACUUGUUGUAAUAGCUGAGGAUUACAGACUGAAAUUAAAUUAGCCACCCUAGUAAACUGGAGAAAUCAUUUUGUCUUUCAAGAAAUCCUUGUAUAAACACCACAAUAAGUAUAUCUUUGCCAGGCAUCAUAGGUGUCUCUCAGGUUGUAGAUUAUGUAACCAGCUGGCUGUAAGGACUCGUUUUGGAGACUUUACUAUCAAUUGGACAGUAUCAAUUGCCAUUCUUCGGCUGAAAACACCUUUGCCCAAUGAAUUAAUCCAGCUUCUUCCAGAGUUGCUGGGGGCUGUCAAGUAUAUUCUUUGCAGUUCUCAGAUCAUUGACCCACUCUGAGCCACUGCAAGUUUAUUGCAUUAAUCUACCUGUCCACAGUUGGCAACUCCUAGAAACCAGUUUAUUAAAAUACUAAAGAUAAUGCUGUUGGUACAGACAUCACGAUCCAAUCAGAAACCAAUAUUAUUCUUUGCCAUAUUUAAACAUAAUUAUCUAUUGGUUAUACUGGGUUGUAAAUAGAUUAGUUGUAGUUUUUGGGUAGCUGUGGAAGGUUUUAGCCACAAGGCUGUUUGACUUGCACAUGUAUGUUUAAGAGUUGUGGGUUCAUUUUGUAUUUCCUUAAUGGUAAAACAAAACAGAAAACCCCAAAACUCUUGAAUGCAGCGUUAAAAAAAAUAAUUAUAUAAAGCAGGAUGGGAUGAUCUGUCAUGCAGAAGAUUUUUUUUAUUAGUUCUUGACUAUCCAGUUUAAAAUAUGAAUUUGUAUCUAUCAUAGAGAUAUCAGUACAUCUGGAAAGAAAAGCAAUAUAUAUCAGGAAUAUACCAAUUCAAGAAGUAGCCUAGAUGGUACCUCCAUUACCUAACCUACUCCAGCAAGUGCCAGAUUUAGCUCAUCGUACCUGUGAGGUAUACACCUUCCUCCUAAUAAACUGUGUGUGAAACACCCCAGUGAAAGGAGCAGGAAACACUGGGUCUUCAAAAGGCAGUCUGCUAUCUUGAUGCAAGAGAUGAGUAUGCGGGUUUGGCAUAAUGAGAACAACACAGGAACAAGGGGUUGUCAUCUUCCUCUGCCAGACAUAAUUUUGACAGUGGCCAUCAGCAAUGUGCAAUUUCACAUCCCUGACUGUGGAAGGAGGCUCCUCUCAGGGUGAUUCGCUCUAGCUGAGAUCUGAGCCUUGGGAGUGGUUUUUUUUUUUUUUCCCUUUUCAUUAAAUACAAAAUUAACUGUUAAAUCAACCCCCUCAGUGGCAGAUUAAUGGUAGGUGGUAGGUGCUGAUGCUCCAGGGAAAGAUGCAGGAAAUGCUAUUGUAGAUAGAGAGGCUGACAUGAAGGUCUCUGUUCAGUUCUAUACGAAUCACAUAUUCAUUAUACAACUGGUAGGAGGGUUUCUGCUCCUAUGCAAGUAAAAUGCCAGAUGUUGCCUUAGUUUUCUGGAUUUGAGGGGUGAUCCUGUUCAGUGCCUUACUGAAGGCUAGCGACUUUCUGGCUUCACAGCAGUUAGUUCUACAUUGUCCCUACAAGUUGUGAAAAAAGGUAUUCUCCUGAACUGAUUUUAAAUCAGAAAAUUUUUGUUUGAGGGUUUAUUUCAUUUUUUCUUCUUUGGUCCCUGUGUGUUGAAUCCAAGGAAGCAGAAAGACUAGUGCUACCUUUUCCAGACCAUUCUUUGUCUUUCCUUCUUUUAUCAGGGUAGGGGAGACUCGACUUUGUCUCCUUCCUAUAGUAAAUGAUCCCAGUCUUCUCUGCUUUUUUUUCAUGUUUUAGCUUUUCCGCACCCUUGAUCAUUCCUGUCACCUUUCUCUUAACUGUUUCCAGUGCCAGUUCAUCCUCCAUAUGCAGAGAAAAAAAUCUGGUCCUGUUUCAAUAUAUUGAAAUUCAGUAUCUUUUUCCCCAUUAUAGUUCCUCCUGCAGAUACUCUGCCUGUUUCUGCUGCCCCCUGUGCCAAAACAGCCUUCAUCACUCUCUAAGAGGACUCCGGUCCUUGCCAGACAUCUCUUCCAAGUCUCCUGGCCAUGUCCUGCCCUCAUCUGCCUUGCUUAUUGCAUCAGGGACUGACUUUAAUAUUGAUAUCCGCAGAUGGGAGUGUAACUGUGUUGCUUAAACUAACAAUUAUUAAAAAUUAUGAGCAAUGCUUUGUUCAUAGCCUGCCCAGACCCUUUACUCUUCUUCUCUUAAGCAGGUUUUGAUGGAUAAUCCAAUUACUGAAUGCAGAAAAUUGCCUGUUAAUAGCGAGGAGGACCAGUGUUUUCAGUUUCAGCUCUGUUAUCCUCACGUUGUCUCUGCAUGUGUAAGCGCUCCCAUGUGCUGCUGGACCCAGGUUUGUGUACUCCAGGGUGUGUGCCCUUGAGCUGCUGGGAGUGUUUGAAUGUCACUGUUAUAUACCCUAAUAAGCCAGGAUUGCCCCCCCCCUUUUUUUAGCUGGGAAAACAAAAAGAAAGGAAAGGAAAUUGGUCACUUUUAAACUGAUUUCACAACUCAUUUAUCAAGCCCUCUAGCAAACCAUUUAUUUUAGCUCCUUUUGCUCCAUCAAAAGCUGUCCAUUAGAAGGGAGAGAUGAAUUUGGAGAGGCUAGAAGCUGAAGGCAAGCUGCUGUGCCACCCGCCCUCACCAGCACUUUGCCAGUAGGCCUCCAGCUGGAAUUCAGAAGUAGGAGCUGUUAUUUUUCCUGAAGUGACUCCCACCUUCAAAAUCAAAUUAUUUCUUUUGUCAAGAGAACACCACAGACCUGGUUUCACUACAGAUAUGAAUGAAUGCCUCUGUACAGUACUUUCCAUUGCCAUGAAAUAUAUGUGUGUGUGUAUAUAUGCAAUGUAAUGGGGAGUGCAAUUAUUGUUCUACUUAAAGAAAGGUGACAUUCCACUUCAAUGUAACUUCCAACUGCAGCUUUUAAAAGAAAUGUUGUCUUAAAGGAAGCUGGAAGAGUUUAGAGGUAUGUGUUUUAAUGAGCUUUAAUAUGCUUUGAGUUAGGGCUUCAGACUCUUAAGGCAAAAAGCACACAAGAUGAUUUUCCCAUCACCUUCCCAGAUCGGACUGUGGGAGUCACAGCUUGAGCACUGGCUAUUUCUUGGAGAUAUUUGGAUACUGCAUGCACUAACUGUGUAUCUGUCCUCAAACACCAGCCUUCAUUUUGUACACAUGCUUGGCUAGAAGGCAAAAGAAGCACUACUGUCUUGCUCCAAGACCCCGGUGGUCAUUUUUGUUGCAGCAGAUGUAGUCCUUUUUGAUCAAUGUCAUUCUUUCUUUGUUUUUUUUUUCCUUUUAAUUUGUGCCAGUUGAGGUUAUGUGAUUCCAGGAGGGCACACUCCACUUGUCCAGCCUUAGAGCUUCCUUUCCAGCAAUAUACUUUCUUCUCAUUUAUUUACCUGGGUGUACUGGACCACUGUGAAGCAAUUGCAUGAGCAAUAACAUGGUGUUGCUUUUUUCUGUCACAGCCUUUUGUAAGAUGUAAUACUCCACCAACAUUGAAAAGUGGUAGGAGAUCAGAAGCAGCAGUGGGCUUUUUUCUAGCAAAAUAUCUAAUGUACAGUGCUUCUACAGGGAACCUGUCCUCACUUCUCAAAGCCAUCGAGACACAAUUAAUUAACAAGGCUGGAUUAUAAAAAAUCUUGGAUCCCUUCACCAACACUCAAUCGAUUUUGCUUCCAUCAGUUUUUGUGCUUUUGUUUAUUCUCAAUCUAGAAGAAAUUUUAAAGGAGUGCGCUAAGACUCCCAUAUAGGGGGAGUAAAUAUCCUAUAUAUUUCACAAAAAUUGCAAGAAAAAUAAGGGAUUUACUCUCACAUUAAUGAAAUGAAUUAAAUUCAUAAAAAGAAUGAAUUGAAAAGAAUUAAUAAAAAUUUACUGUGAGGGUGGUGAGGCACUGGAACAAGGUGCCCAGAGAAGCCAUGGAUGCCCCACCCCUCGAGGUGUUCAAGGCCAGAUUGGAAGAGGCUUUGAGCAACCUGCUCUAGUGGGAGGUGUCCCUCCCCAUGGCAGUGGGAUUGGAACUGGAUGACCUUUAAGUUCCUUCCAACCCAGACCAAUCUAUGAGUCUAUGAUUAAAAAGUUAUUAAGAACAGCCUGGAUUUAAGUUUCUGCAAUGAAAUAGUUCUCUGCUUUACUUUAAUGAUCAGCAAAUCUUAAGGUACAUUUUGCCACCGUCUGUUAGAAGUAACCUGAAACUAAAUGCAAAUCUGCUCAAAUGCGAGAUUUGCAGAUCUAAACUUUACCAGAAUGUCCAAUGUUAGAGUAUUCAUCUAUGGGCAGAGGAAACCUAAGGCAGUUCAAAAGAGAAACUCAUAUUGUGAAUGGUUUUAAAGUUUCUCAGAGCUCCUCUCCACCUCCAAAUGUUGGUAAUGGAGAUGAUCAGAAACCUUCCCAUGAACCCUGUGCAUUCUGCAUUUGAAAUCCUGGCUUGAAUUCAGGUCUCCACCUCAGCUUCUUGUAGAUGUUAAUGUUCAAGUAGAACAAAAAUGUUAGGAGCAAUUACAGCAUGAACAUCUCUUCUUGUUUAUGUAUAGUAGCUGAUAGCGGAGUCUGUAAUAAUAAUCUGUGUUUAUACAUGUGCUGGUCAAUGUAACAGUUGGGUAUAAAAUACCUUUCAACUGUCACAAGAAACUAACUGGAUUGAUGUCACUUUUUGCUUGUAUGAAUAUAAUUACUUGCCUUGCAGAGAACAGUUCCACUUUUGUCAUGUUAUUUAUGAUUUUUAAAUACAUUUGUGAUAAAUUAGACUUGUUUCUAAGAUAAACAAUACUGGAGCCAAGCAGCUGCCUCUGUACAUGUGCGUGUUAUCACAGCUGAUAUCAAGUCUAAGUCAGAUUCCUCAUCUUGCUUAAGGACCUUUCCUUAACCUUUCUGGCUUAUUCAGGGAAAUGUGGACCAGUCUAUUUUCUUAUUGAAAAUGUGGCUUUUUGAAAAGCUGAACUUAUUUUUUAAAUCCUUUCUUUUUACAAUUAUUGAUUCAGAAAGACUGUAACAAUCAUAUUUUUCUAAACUGCAUAUGUUUUCUUGCAAAAUGGUAUAGAGAGAUAUAUAUUUUAUUUUACAUAUUUCCAUGUAGUUUUGAAAUUCUUCGUUUUCAUAUAUAGCCUCCUACUUGCUAGAAUUAUCUCAAAAAGCUGUAAGCUUCUGUAUAUUGACUCUAUGAAAUUGUAUAAAAAUGUAGCUGCAUAAAAAGACUGACUUUAUUUUUUAUUUAAAUUGUUAGAGCUGUAUCUUCCGAUGUACAGAAAGAAAUCAGGUGGUUGUUUUGAAAGGUUGGACAGUAUUACAUGACACUUCCCAAAAUAUCUCAACUGAAAGUCAAAAUUUAUCCUAGAAAUGGUGCCAUUUUGAGGCCUGAUUCUGUAGUUUAUUUGUACUGUUUAGGAUGUUUUUUUACAACUACUCCCGUGAAAUUUCUGGGGAAAUAUUAAAAAUAAGAGGCUAUGAUGUGUGAAUAGAAGUGACAGAAUAAGUCUCUUUGCUAAUGAAGAAUGGGGCCUUUUAACUAGGGAAGAGGUUAUAUUUUGAGUAUUUCAGGACAACAUUUUGUGUUCUCUUCUGCACUGUGGACUCCUGUGUAUUCUGGAUUUAUUCCAUAGCUGGAAUGCCAGAUUAAAUCAAUUGAAGCCCUAUGUGCAAAUGAACAUAGUAGAAGGCUGCAGUGAAAUAUUGCAGAAAAUGGCCUGAUUAUAUUCUUCGGAACAAUAAUUAAAGUCACUCACAGCCUUGGCUUCUGUGCACCUGUGAAGCAGAGGUCCUUGGUGUGUACUUUGGUCAUGGUGUAACACGGAAGGAUUUCUGCUCUUUGCCUGGAAAAUACCAUCUAUUUCUCAACUUUGUCAGAAGCAUAAUAUUUUCUCAAGUUAAAAAAAAAAUCUGAUUCUGCAAGACUCAUCUGGGAGUUACAGGCAGCUGGGACCUUCUGUGAUUGGGCCACAUUAUUCUGAAAGUUUAUCCCUUGCAGACAAAUAAAAUAUGAUGUGACUUUGCUGUUUGCGAAUAAGUUAAGGAGACUGGAAAGUCAUCACCCCAAGCCCUAGCCUUUAGACUGUUUUUUCCUUCUCCACUGUUACCAAUGAACUUUGUUGAAUCGGAUUAUAAAAUCAGAGUAUUUUAUUGCAUGUGUCCUUUUUUGUAAUGAAAAAAGUUAUAUUCGAUGUUGCAGUCAUAGUGCAGUAAAUAAACACAUAUGUAUUUCUUUUUAAGGACUUCUAAAUUAUUCUGGGGAGUGGUUUCACAUUUUUGCUGUGCUUAUUUCUUACUCUCAGAGUAUCUGGACUGACCUAGAAACAACCAGAGCAAGGGAAGCAAGCAUAAAAUUUGCUGCUGCCUGCUCCUCUGCUCAUGUACCACUGGAAGAAGCUCGUGCUUGAUGACUUCACUCUGGUUCUGUAUUAUUUAAUAAAAAAUGCCAGCUUUUCCAUAAGACUGUGCAGUUGGUUGAAUAAAAUUCCACCUACCCAAAGAGAAUGUGAAUUCACUAUAUUAUAUUAUAAUUCAGUAUGUUUUCUUACAGGAUUGGCCACUGACGCUCUGUCUCUAUAGGGUUAUCCUUCAUCCCAAACCCACUAAAACAAGGGCGAAAUUUUUUUGAAAACCUCAGAUUUUAACUUAAUGCCAAUC